AUGCUUAUUGGAAUAACCCACACUGUUUUGUCUAAUAAAGACGAUGUUAUCAAAUUGCUUAAAAAUGAGUUCGAGUUUAAAGAUGGAAAAACCGAAUUGACCAAAUGGAAUGCUAAGCCUAAAGAUGAAAAAACCGAAUUGACCAAAUGGAAUGCUAAGCCUAAAGAUGAAAAUAAGAGUACAUCAAAACUCUUAUUAGAAAUGGUCAAAAUGAAUUAUAAGACGAAAUACGUGAUUGAGGUUGAGACAGAAGAAGAAUUAUAUGAAUACAAACAAUGCACUCUUUUCUUAUUAUUGGCUGUGGAUGAUGCAUUAAGCGCUCGUUAUGAAUCAUGGAUGAAAGACAACCGAAAAAAAGACAACAACCAGAAGGAAAGUGAAAAAAAAAUCAAGGUUUCUGAAUUUACGCAAAAAAUUGAUAAUGAUAAUAAGAAAAACCAUAAAAUGAUGUCCAUGGCUGAUUUCACUGUGUCAACUGAUAAUAAACCAAAUGAUGAACUUUAUCAAGAGAUAUCAGAGAUAUUGGGAAAACCAUUACGAUCAUUGAAAGAGGAUUAUUUUAUGUAUUUAGCGGAAGUGACAGCGUCAAGAACCAACUGUAUGAGUCGUAAGGUUGGAUGCAUAUUAGUUAAAGACGAUUAUAGAGUAAUCGCAACUGGAUAUAAUGGAACACCCACAAACAUAGGUAAUUGCAUUGAUGGUCGUUGUGAUUGUUGUAAAGGUAUCAAAGAAGAAGGAAGGGAUAAUUGUAUAUGUAUACACGCGGAAGAAAAUGUAUUAUUGAUAGCCGGAAGGGAAGCAGAGGGUUGUACUCUUUAUUGUACUACUCGGUAUAAAGAUUUGGAGAAGGUCGUUGAAUUAUUUGAAGAAGCCAAUAAAAAAGCUAGUGAAAAAGCUAAUAAAGCUAAAGAAGAAGCCGAAAAUAAGACUAAAGACAAACUUGAAUACACUGUAAAUGGAGAAAUGAGUCUCAUUCCACAUAAGCCUCAGACAAAAAGAUUCGAAUUAUACCCUUUAAAGAAACAAGCCGCUAAGUAG